AGAGUUUACUGUCUCUAAGAGUGUUACUUUCUUGAUAGGUUUUGCUAUAUUUUCUUUCUGGGUGUUUGGUUGUCCAGAAAGUGGAAACAACAACAUUAAUAUAUAUAUAUAAUGAAAUGGGUUUCGUAUUUAUGCAUUUUGCUUCUGUUUUUGAGUAUUUUUUAGUUCAUUUUUUGUGAUUGAAGAUUCUCUUUUGGGAGUUGGGUUUAGGCUAUUUUUUAUUUAUUUAAUUUUCUCUGUAUCUAGUCAUUGAUAUUGGCUUUCUUUCUUCUCAUGCCAAGUAUUUUAUUUCUCCAUAUAUCUGAUAUUAUUGGUUCUGUAUACACUAAAUGUGUAAAAUCUUGAUAUUAAGAACUUUUGAGAGUGAGCGACAAUAAUAAAACCUAUAUAAACCAAAUAACAAAAUAGGGUUUGGCGUUCUGAAGCAAAACUAUGAAAAUGAAAAAAAAAAUACUGUUAAUUUGUGUAAAAUCUUUUGUACUGCUCUAGCUCUGGUAUAAAAGGAAAUGAGUUUUGUGUUUUAUACGUUUUAUUUUGUUUUUAAGUAUCCUUAGUUUAUUCUUGUGAUUCUGCUAGAUAAAGAUUCUCCCCGCUGGCUUGGGUUUAAGCUGUUUAAUAUUUUCUCUGUAUCCAAAUAUAUCACCAUGUCUCGGUAUAAAGCAAAUUAUGAAGAAAAGGAAGAGGUGGAGCAAGUUGUUGCAGAAGAAAACGCAGAGUUGAUGAUGCAGAUUAUUGAUGAAGUCCAAAAUGAACAGAGGGCCAUUUUGAGGAGAUUGGAGUUGGUGAACAGUCAAGUCAAAAGCUUGAAAAUGACUGUGGAGAAGGAGGAGAAUGAGUAUAUUGCAACCAUGAAUGAUUUGAAACUCAAGACGAAGCAGAGAAAGAAUAAUUUGGAUGUUAACAAAUCAGAGCUGAAGUUAUUGGAGUUGAGAUACUCCAGCUUUUGCAACCAAAGGAUGGAUGAACUGAAGCGCUUCAAGAAUGAAGCUUCCCAUCUGAGAACUUGGUUUGCUGAGAUAGUUGAGAAACAUAGGCUUAUCAAACAACUUAAGCCAGCCUUCAUACCACAAAAUCACUACUUUUGAAUUGAGAAACCACACAUUUUUGUUGUUUCUCAUAACUAUUAACUGAACACUUUUGAGGGAGAAAGAAAGCUGUUAGACUUUAACUUUGGAACUGUUGUAGAGUUUUCUACUGUAAUACUUCACUUGGUAUGGUGUUAUUUUCUAUGUUCCGUAUGCUUUAAGUUGUAGAUCAUUUCUGCUACUAAUAUUUAUAAUCGUUACAAAAUCUAUAUGAUUAAGUUUUAUUAA